GAGUUGCCUCCGUCGGCCGACCGUGAGGUUGCAGCUGCAGUUGGUGCCGUCACGGCUCGCUGAUUGGCUGCUCGCUCAGUUCCUCCUGAGGAAAUCACUCCUUUUAUAGUUAACGGAGCGCCGCGCGGCUGUUUUCCGGGUUCACACUCGCGCAGCAUGUAGAGGAGGCGGACCGCCGGGAGACACCUGGACCACCGCGGACACACCGGAGCCCGGACGCACGGCAUCGAUCAGCUAUCAGUGAAGCAUGGGGAACCUGAUCAAGGUAUUAACCAGAGACAUCGACAACAACGGUGGAAACUUCUUCCUGGACUUUGAGAACGCUCAGCCCUCACAGUCGGAGACGGACGUGUGGGAGAAGGUGAACCAGGUCCUGACGGAGGCUCAGGUCAUCCUGGAGGACCUGCAGUCGUACAGAGGGGCAGGAGAGGAGAUACGACAGGCAAUCCAGAAUCCCAGUGUGGAGGGCGUGCAGGAGAAGGCCUGGUCUGCUGUCGUUCCUCUGGUCAUAAAACUCAAAACCUUCUACGAGUUCUCUCAGAAGCUCGAGACCAGCCUGCAGUGUCUGCUGGACGUCCUCACCAGCUCCAGCUCCACUCCCACUCAGCACCUGGAGCAGAAGCAGGCUCUGGCCCGGCAGUUCGCCCACAUCCUGCACUUCACGCUGCGCUUCGAUGAGCUCAAGAUGACCAACCCCGCCAUCCAGAAUGACUUCAGCUACUACCGCCGCACCAUCAGUCGCAUGCGAAUCAACAACCUGUCUUCUGAAGCAGGCAGUGAAGUCAACAACGAGCUGGCCAAUCGGAUGUCUCUGUUUUACGCCAGCGCCACGCCGAUGCUGAAGACGCUAAGCGACGCCACGUCGAAGUUUGUCUCAGAUCAUCCAGAGGUGCCGAUCGAAAACACGACAGACUGCCUGAGCACGAUGGCCAGCGUGUGUAAAGUGAUGCUGGACACACCGGAGUACCGCAGUCGUUUCGCGAGUGAGGAGACCGUGUUAUUCUGCCUCCGUGUGAUGGUCGGCGUCAUCAUCCUGUACGACCACGUUCACCCAGCUGGAGCCUUCGUUAAGACCUCCAAUAUAGACAUGAAAGGGUGCAUCCGAGUGCUGAAGGAGCAGCCGCCCAGCAGCGUGGAGGGUUUACUGAACGCUCUCAGGUACACGACCAAACAUCUGAACGAUGAGACUACCUCCAAGCAGAUCAAAAACAUGCUGCAGCAAAAUUAACCCGACGUGAAACUGGAAGGCUGCAGGGAGGUCGAAGUGUUUGGUCCAAAUUUCAAAAGAACUACUGAACAAACCUUUAUCUAAUAUUUCUGUGAUUAUUGUUUUUUAAACUGUCAUUUUGAAAAAAAAGCUGUUUUUGUUGUUAAGAAAUUUUUUUUUAAAAAAAGGGAAAAAAAAGGACAUAAACCAAGAACAAUUGGUUAAAUAUAAACUCGAGUCGCAUUCACGUCGUGGGAGCUUUACAGGCCACCUGGUGGACAUUAGCAGUAGUACAGCUGACCUAAUGUCUUAAAUCUCUUUUUCUGGUUGUUGCAAAUUUACAGAAAGUCCCACAUGCAGAAAACAUAUCAGCGCCCUCUGGUGGAGGUGUUUGUUCCAGCCCAGCCUAAAAGCAUCCUGAUGAUGAUGUCACAUCCACACCUCUGUCAUUAGCAAAGUUUACAAAGAGGCUAGGAAAGUAAGAAAAGCCAGUGAACAGGCCCCGGAGUGUCACUCUGGGCCUUUUAGACUUCAUGUUGUAACUGCAAGAAACAGAAGUAAACAGGAAACUUCACCAGUGGCGAUGAUGAUGAUGGACAGCGGCCCAUGUGGGUAAAAUCUCAGACGCAUGGAAAACCUGGAGGUCUGCCUGCAGCUGAUUGGGUCUCAUUUAUACAAUAGAGGGUGUGAAAAAGUCAACCACAUGACUAAAAACCCCAAACAUGGAGAGCGAGCGCUCAGCAGGUCGUCUGUAAUGCUCAGUGACGUGAAUGCGGCUCGGUCGGCCUUUAAAGCAGCACAGAUCAGUCAGUGUCCAUCUGUUUAAGUGUUUUGGUGGUUUAAUCACCACUUCGGCCUCUUUUCCAUCACAAGAACGUUGUUUUUUUGUUUUUUUUUUAAGAACCCAAGAAAGUUUUUAUCUGAUCGAACUCCUCGGCUGUCGUUCCUACCUCAAAGAAAAAAACCCUCUGUGGUUAUUUUGAGGAUCUGUUUUCUCCACCAGUCCUCUCACACCAGCGGAACAAGACCCAAACAUUAUGGAAACCAUCUGAAACACGACAUCACUGCCAGUCAGCUGUAGUCGAACGAAACCUUCGCACUCCUGGAGAGGCAGAUUUUUAUUGUCCUCUUCUGAGGAUGUUUUUUCCCCCUCACAUUUAUAAAAUGAGCAUUAGUAUGUUUUCAGGGUCUUGAACCGCUGCUGUUGCUGUUUCCAGAUCUUUAUCAAACAAAACCAACAGGCAGGAAAACCAACCCGUCACCACGGCCGUGGGUCGAGUCCUGCUCUGCAGAACUCACACUUUUGUUUUUUAACUUUAAUGAACUGUAGUUUGUUGAUGUCAGCAGUCAGCUGUACAAAACGUCACAGCCAAACAUUACAGAAGAGUUUCAUCGAGCUGAGCUUAGAUGUUUCAGUCUGAUGGUAAAUCUGAGGCCUUUUCAGUGUUCUCGUUUUCUUGUGUUAUGACUGUGCUGACUUGUUCUAAUUAUUUGAUGGUACGUUGAAGUUUCUUUGGUGGAAAAGCUUUAUUCCUCAUUUGGUCCCCUGGUUUAACCAAACAAACCGUUUCAAAUAGUUCUCCAUGGUUUCAUGUAUGUUCUUUACACUCAGCUCGAUUUAUCUUUCUUUUGUUAAGCUUAGACUGAAAAGUUGUUGAGGUUUGAAAUCCUCUAACACCGAAGAGUUUAACUGUCGGGGGGAGGGGAGGGGCUGAGAGCGGGUAUCAGCCAACCAAAGAACCACUGUGAUGAUGAUGAUGAGGAGGAGGAGGAUGAGGUACGAGGGAAACCGAGGAGGACUUUACUUUGGGGCGGCUGACUGGAAACUUUGAGCUUCUUGUUUUGCUUUGUACGUUAGCGCUGCCGUUUCAGGGACUGUGUGGCAUUAAGUGUUUGAAAUGAUGUCUGUGUUGGCAAAAUAAACUUUUUACAUUUUUAAGAA